UCACUUCCUACAAUUCUUUGCAACUUCAGCAAUUUUUCAGAACUAUUUAAACCAAACGACCAUGCCAUUUAUACUAAACGUAAAUUUAACAAUGUACGUAAAAAGUGUUGUUUUAUGUGUUGCAAUUCUCCAAUUCCUUGAACAAAGUUGCUCUCAUGUUUUAAACAAAAAUGUAACUGAAGCCGACUGUGAAAACAUUUGUUCGACUUCAGGAGGCCAAUUUGAAUACAAUUCUGAAACGAAAUUGUGCACUUGUCUCCUACCAAAGACUGUCGAUGACACAGACAUUGAACUCGUUCAUAAAAACGCACACUCAAUCGGAAAAAAACUAAAGUCGGUCGAAUUAUUAAACCAUGAUAGCAUAAUAAUAAAACGGGAGGUUUCGACCACCGAAACGACCGAAUCAGCUGCCACGACACAACCGCCCCCAACAACCACAACCCCGGAAAGCACCACCGAGGCUGAUCAAAAAACCGACGAGCCUGAACUUAAUUUCAGCUUUGAGACGGUGGGCCAACAGCAGCCCCAACGCCGUGUGAUCCACCGACUUGUGACCCCACGACGCCCCCGCCAGAUAACCCCCGACCAACAAAGAAUACUUCUGCAACAGGUCCGGGACCACCUCAACCGCCUGAGCCAAGUUUCCGAUGCCAGAGUCCGCGAGAUGGAGAUUGAAGCAAUCAGGAACAAUCUGCGCCAGUUAUCCCACACUGUCUUAAUCCAAACGCCUCAACAACGAACCCGCAUGCGGAACGUGGUGGAGGAGGCGCGCCAAAGACGCCGCAUGCAACACCGACUGGGGGCGUCCGAAAACGCGACCGUGAAACACGAAAACGAGGUGGAUAUCCCCCUUAAAGACCUCCUCCAUGGCAAAAAACGGCACGAGAUUAUCACGCAAGACCCGAGAUUCGUGGAUGAAUAA